AUGUGGCUAAUCGACACACAGAAAACCACAUUGCAUCGCGUUGCGGAUCAUCGACAGAAUGGCACACGCUCAUACGCCAUCCUCUCCCACACCUGGGGUAAUCAAGAGGUCGAGUUCCACCACAUGUCGAAUCUGACUGGUGCCAAGACAAGGACAGGAUGGAAUAAGAUCAAGAUGACCUGCAAACUAGCUCGUUCCAAAUUCAAGUACGCCUGGGUCGACACAUGCUGCAUUGACAAGAGUAGCAGCGCGGAGUUGACUGAGGCUAUCAACUCCAUGUACUCGUGGUAUCAAUCAGCCGAAAUAUGCUACGUCUACCUAGCAGACCUGAGUCCAAUACCCGAAGGUCUAAGGGGCUCUUAUCGUUACGAUUAUCUCAGAGACAAACUGCCCAAAUGCCGCUGGUUUUCUCGGGGGUGGACUCUCCAAGAGUUGAUAGCGUCAAAGCAAAUCGAGUUUUACGACAAAAAAUGGAAUCUCGUAGGCGAGAAGAGCGACCUCAUAACCAUCAUUCAGGAGAUCACACGAGUCGACGUGAGCAUUUUGGAAGACAGCUCAGAUCUCCAAACGCUCCCAAUUGCACGCCGCAUGUCCUGGGCCGCCGGCCGCAAAACCACGAGGGUCGAGGACAUUGCCUACUGCCUUCUUGGUAUAUUUGACAUCAAUAUGCCAUUACUGUACGGGGAGGGAUCAAAAGCGUUUCAAAGACUUCAGGAACACAUCGCCAAUGAGACCAACGAUCUGAGCCUUUUUGCGUGGCAAAGAAAGAUCGACUACCAAGCGGUAUCUGCUCCAGGGCUCAGUGGUGUAUUUGCAGAGUCUCCAGCAGACUUCACACACUGUUCUACCCUCAUAAGACACCGAGAUCGAUUUCAGUUCAGGAAUGACUUUACCCUCACCAACAAUGGUCUUCUAGCCAAGGCCCAAAAACUCACACUGCCGGCGAAUAAUGCUGCGGAAGCGGUGAACGGUGCUGAUGUGUUCUACGCGUUGAGUCUCGAUUGUCUUGAAACUAGUGUCAGAACGCAAGGCACCCCGAAAUGGCUGGCAAUCUGGCUUCUCAAGGUUGGAACGACUUUCGUUAGAGCGGUUCCGGAUCAGGUAUAUGCCUAUUCCUCGAGAUUGCAGUGGUCCAACGCCACGCUGGAGACCUUUGACGCAUACAUCCGCAAGACCCUUUACGAUCACGAAACCACGAGGCUGGCAUCUUUCAUGGGAGCCAAGAUCGGGUUUGAGUACGACUCACAGCUCAAGAAUAUGAUUGUUUCCAAAACGGCAAACCCUGUGGAGGCAUGCGUGCAAUCAACCGUCGCUGAUUUCGUCUUUGACUGCCACGGUCGCGACAAUUUUGCUGGGACGCAUUGUUUCAAGAUCCAAUUUGGAUUCCCACUGCAAAAGGUUACCCUUGGCAUAGUCUGUGGCCUCCAGUGGGAUGGUUCGCGUUGUCGACCAUGGGCAGCACUUUUUGAUGAGCUUUCUGUCAGAGGGACCGAAUCGGAGCUGUUGAUGAGAUACGCACAACCGAUUCCCGGCGUUAAGGGCGAGGAGAGACUGCUGGAGAUCCGUGACUACAUGAUUUGUCGAUUUACGGAUCAAUCCGGCCUUUACAAGUCGAAUCUGAUGCCCAAGUCCGCCACCAUUGUUCAGCACGGGACUGUCAUUACGCAUCGUAUUUGGAUCGAGGCGGAACCCAAAACGGUCGGCGAGGUUUCCUUCUCUCGGGGGUCGUCUUCUACCUUUGUCUUCAAGGUGCAUUAUCGAUCUGGCCUGAACCAGUCGGAUUAG